AUGGAUCCAGCUAAAUUGACUGCUCGGCAGCGUCUCUUGGGUUCAGCAGGCAGCUCAACAAAUGCUAUCCCUAUCUCCCGACAGAUUUCUUCCAAGAUUUCUUUGCCCAUUUCUCAAUCACCAUGUGAAAGGGAACCAGCUCUGCAACGAACAAUCAUAAGGGAGAUGCAGGUCCGAGUCCCUAACAGAGCGGAAAAACGUUUUAGUGUCCUCCGAUUCCAUGCUUCUGACCGCGUUAACCUUUCUUCGCCUACAGGAAGUAGUCUUCCUCCAGAAGUGUUUAUGCAAAGGGAAAAUAAUUUAAAGCAAUACAAAGGCGGUCUUAACAUAAUAGAUGCACCCACCAAAGGAGCUGGUAGCGAAUUCGGCCGAGAGGCGCGCGAAGAAGCAAGACUUCGUAAGUAUGGUGUUACGCGCAAAGGAUAUCGUCCGGAAGACCAGCCUUGGCUGUUCACUAUAGGCAAGGGUCGCACAGCUAGAAAAUUUAGGGGAGUUAGAGAGGGAGGAGUCUCUGACAAUGUGCAAUAUUUUGUCUUUUGCCAAUGCAAAGAGGGAAAUUUUGACGCAUAUCCAGUUUGUGAAUGGUAUAAAAUGAAACCCGAAGUUAAUUAUCGUUUUCUUCGAGAAGAGGAAGCGGAAGCUGAAUACAGCCGACUACAUAAAACGUUCAAUCUUUUCAAUGUCAUGCUGAAGCGCAAACUUGGACAUGAUGAUGCAGAAGGAGGAUUUGAACUUGAGGCUAAGGAUGAAAAAGACGUACUGCGGUAA